ACAUCACUAAUCUGAAUUUACAACACACAAGUCCUGGCCAAGUCAUAGGAGGGAAAAAUGUCUGUACCAAGAUUCCAAAAAAUAAACUUUGGAACAUAUGAUAAUUACAUUCCAGUCAGUGAAUUAAGCAAAAAAUCAUGGAAUCAACAACACUUUUCCCUGGCAUUUCCCAAACCACAAAGGCCAGGAACAAAAAGGAGAACAAUACCUUCCCAACUAAAUAAAAGUACAACUUCUACAAUUGAUGAUGAAAAACUAGGGCACGAACGUAGACGACCAUUAUGGAUGCACCGGUCUUUAAUGAAAAUUUCUGAAAGACCAUCUGUUUAUUUAGCUGCCAGGAGAAAACCUCCACCUAAAACAGCACCUUCCCCAAAGUUGGAUUCAUCUCCAGGUAUGGGUAAAAAGGGACAGAAGGAUACAUCAGAAUCAGAGUCAGAAAUGAAACCUAAGGCAGAUGCACAGAAAGGCAAGGAUUCAGAUACAGGAACUGAAGACGAAAAGGCAGGGGCCAAGAAAGGUGCAAAAAAAGUUAAGAAAGGUUCAAAGGAAGGCAAAGACUCAGGCACAGAAUCCGAAGGCGAAAAGGCCGGAUCAAAGAGAGGUGCAAAAGCAGGAAAGAAAGGUUCAAAGGAAGGCAAGGAUUCAGCUACAGAGUCCGAAGGCGAAAAACCCGGGUCAAAAAAAGGUGCAAAAGCAGGAAAGAAAGGUUCGAAGGAAGGCAAGGAUUCAGCUACAGAAUCCGAAGGCGAAAAAUCCGGGUCAAAGAAAGGUGCAAAAGCAGGAAAGAAAGGCUCAAAGGAAGGCAAGGAUUCAGCUACAGAAUCCGAAGGUGAAAAACCCGGGUCAAAGAAAGGUGCAAAAGCAGGAAAGAAAGGUGCGAAGGAAGGCAAGGAUUCAGCUACAGAAUCCGAAGGCGAAAAACCCGGGUCAAAGAAAGAUGCAAAAACAGGUAAAAAAGAUGCAAAAGGCAAAGAUGCAACUACAGAUUCAGAACCUGAAAAGGGAGGUGCAAAGAAGGAUGGGGCGAAGAAAGGUGAUGAAACAAAGGAUUCUAAGAAAGAUGCGAAAAAGAAAGACAAGAAAGAUGAAAAGAAGCCGGGUGCUUCAGAAAGUGAAUCAAAGGAAGACGCUAAGAAAGAUGCCAAGAAAGAUGCCAAGAAAGACGCCAAGAAAGAUGCCAAGAAAGACGCCAAGAAAGAUGCCAAGAAAGACGCCAAGAAAGUUGCCUCAGAAUCUGCUGAAGGGAAAAAGGACGCCAAAAAAGAUGCCAAGAAGGAUGCAAAGAAGGGCAAGUAGACCCUGGGCAACACAGAUGUGGAGAAGCUUAUAGGAUGAAGCACAGUUGGCAGCCAGAAAUGGGAUCGGGAGAGAAAAAGAGGGUUCGAACCUACUAAAAGAUAUUUUAAAAGAGAGUCAAAAAAGAAUAUAAGGGCUUACAUAGCAAAAUUUAAUAAAAUUUGAGGCAGAAUCCAUUUGAAGAUUUGGAAAAUAUGCCUAUUAGAAGGCAUGGAUUAUUAAACAUCUCCAGAAGGACUCAAAAAGGAAUAUUCAAAUAAAAACAUCAAAAAAUGGAUA